AUGAAAUUUAGUGUUGCAGAAAUCCACCAAUCACAACGCAGCGACGGGCGUACCACCCUCCCACCACCACCACCCCCGACCUCCGCCAUUGGGCGGAGCCUCGAGGGGGGCGUGGCCGAGCGUGACACUUUACGACCUUGGGAAGCGUCGUCGAGCCCGAGCCGAGGCGGGACGGGGAGCGGCGGAGGCCCCGAGAAGCCGGACCCGGCUCAGAAGCCCCCGUACUCGUACGUGGCGCUGAUCGCCAUGGCGAUCCGCGAGAGCGCGGAGAAGCGGCUGACGCUGUCGGGCAUCUACCAGUACAUCAUCGGCAAGUUCCCGUUCUACGAGAAGAACAAGAAGGGCUGGCAGAACAGCAUCCGCCACAACCUCAGCCUCAACGAGUGCUUCAUCAAGGUGCCGCGCGAGGGCGGCGGCGAGCGCAAGGGCAACUACUGGACCCUCGACCCGGCCUGCGAGGACAUGUUCGAGAAGGGCAACUACCGCCGCCGCCGCCGCAUGAAGCGGCCCUUCCGCCCGCCGCCCACCGCGCACUUCCCGCCGCCCAAGGCCUUCUUCGGGGACCUGCCCCGCCCUACCCUGGUACAGAUAUCCCCACAGCUGGAAGAAGAACUGGGUGCCUGGAGCUCACCUAAGCCCUCAGUGCAUGGACCUCAGCUCCACAACAGGGCUGUCAUGGUGCCUGCCAUUCAGACAGCAUCCCCUCCAAGGGCACUGGAGGCCUAUAUCUGCUUGUUCUGCUGCUUAGAGAAGCCAGAAAUCAGCUUCUCUCCCAGCAUUCCCCAGGGCCUUGGGCUGCCCAGUGGCCGCAUUUCAGGUGGUGCCACCAUUGGCCACCAGGGGGCAGAGCAGAGCCGAAGUCGGUGA